AUGUUCGAAACUGAGGAAACGAGAAGUAAUGAUAGUAGAAGUAGCAGUGCUAAUUCUGAGAAAAAGGAUGUGAAUGCUUCUUCUAUCUAUAGUAGUAACUCAUCUAUCUCAAGCGCAGAUAAAUUAGCUUCAAAUCUUUUUCCGGAGCAGGGUAGUGCUGCUGAUACUCCAAAUUAUGGUAACCUGGAUUUAGAGUCUGUAUCAAGCAAUAUUAGAUAUGUUUCUGGUCCAUCGACUAAUGCUAGUAGUCCUAAUGACUAUAUUGCACCUUCAUUGAAACCUAAAACUUCAGUAACAUCAACUAUUAAAGACUCAAAGGGUAAUGUAGUUAAAAGAAAAUAUUCAAGAAAUGGUUGUGCAGAAUGUAAAAGGAGAAGAAUGAAAUGUGAUGAGACUAAACCUACCUGUUGGCAAUGUUCUCGUCUGAAUCGUGAAUGUGUUUAUGUCUUGAAUCCUAAAAACAAGAAAAGAAAUGGUAAAUCAACUGAAAAUAUUGUGGAAGAACAUUGCUCUUCCACAGUCGUAACGCCUUCUAAGAUAGAACUAAGAAAUACUUACACUGAUAUACAGAAAAAUGUACUAAAUGUCAACGGUACUGUUAAACAAGGUAUACAAGAUGCAUUUGGGAAUCAUAGUAUAACAUCUGAAGUAUCUGGCUAUGAUGCAAGUCUAUUGAUCCAAAAUCUAAAUGAUAUUGUAAAUAUGAAACUUCAUGACUCAUUCCAGUUGAAUGAAGAUUUAAAGGAUUUGGGUUCAUUUGAUUUAGAAUUACCAGAACUAAUCUCAAAGGAGGAAACUCUGAAUUCCGUUCCUAUAUCAUUCAAUUCUAAUAGCAUAAUUACAUUUAACACCGAUCUAUCAUCGUUGAAAUUGGGUGAUAUCCAUGAGAAAUAUUUAAAACUAUUUUACUAUGACUGCAUGGAUUCAAUUGCACCAUUUUUCCAAGAUCAAGGUAAUCCACUACGAGAUAUUUUGUUAUCUUUUGCGAAGGGUGAAUCAUAUCUCUUAUCUGCUAUAUUGGCAGUCGGUGCAUCAAUUGAGCAUAGAAAAACUGAAGAUUUAGAAGAUGAAAAAAACUAUUGUCAAUAUCUAUCUCAUUGUCUAAGAUGUCUUGAUGAACAGUUUCAAAAUGAAUCUAAUGUCAUUAAUAAAAUAGAACCUAUAAUAUUGACAGUGAUAAUGCUGGCCUGGGAUUGUAUAUAUACGAUGAAUUCACAAUGGCGAUCACAUUUGAAAGGUAUUAUUGACCUUUUCAAGAAAAUACAUGAAGGUAAUUCUUCUAAAGUAUUGAAUGUUGCAAAAUGUUGGUUUAAAAUUAUGGAGACAUUUGCUAGUAUUAGUACAAAUUUUGGUGGCUCACUGACAUCAGACUGUGAUAUCGAUUUAAUUUUCAACCCCUAUGAUUAUCAAUACGUUGACUCCUUAAAGUACCUAGAUAUAAUGACACCGCUAAAUGAAUUUAAUCUGCUGAGAGGUCAUAAAGAAGACUUUGAUAUAGUCAUUAAAGAGGUAAUGAAAUCACUGAAUAAAUUGCAACGGAUUAACAAAAGUAAGAAUGAAAAUGGUAAGAUAAUUGCUGGUGAAUUGAGCAAUUUGCCAUUAUCUUUUCAAAGAACCAUUGUCAGCCCAGGCACAAUGGUAGAAGAAGAACCUGGUGAGAGUUUGUCGUACUUUGCUACACAGAAAAUAUUGGUAGAGAUUGAUAGGCAGUUAGAUUACGAAUUUAUUAAUAAAAGUGGUAUAAUCCCUCUUGAUAAUCAGUCCCACCCAAGUAAAAGCCAAAUAAAGGAUAACGCUAUUGAUUUGGUUAAGUUACGAAACGGUGAAGAGAUAGCAAUUAGUUGGUAUGAUAUUUCACACCAAACUCAAGUGUUAUCUUAUUUAAUGAUAGUUUUAUUGAAAUUACUAAACAUAAGGAAAACUUCGCCAAUAAUACAGGAAGUGGUCAAACGUAUAACUUCAUUUUUUAAAUUUUUGGAUAGUGAUGAACCACCAAAAAACCGCAGAACAUGUUAUUCCAAUUUUGCUAUUCUAAUAGCAGGUCUAAAUGCAAAUGAUGAAGAAACUAAAGAUGUCAUUAGGAAUUAUUACCACUUAAACAGUAGCACAUUUUCUAGAUUAUCUGAACAUAACCUACAUAGGUUGGAGGAAGUUUGGGCAGGAAAUAGCAACGCCGCGGAGCAAGAUAUCUUGACAUGGUAA